AUGGAAAGCAUGAUGUACACCAGUGUCUUUCUGCUCUACCUCCUGAGUCUGAUGGGCAAUGGGCUCAUCAUUAUGAUGGUAAUUGUGGACCACCACCUGCAGAAACCCAUGUAUUUCUUCCUUAGCAACCUUUCUUUUAUAGACAUUGGACAUACCACAUCCUUUAUACCCAAGCUGUUGCUCAAUUAUCUCUCUGCUAGUAAUUUCAUCUGUUUUUAUUGCUGUAUAAUUCAGUUGUGCUUCUAUUUUCUUUUCGGGGUCACUGAAUUUUUCAUCAUCACUUUGAUAUCCUUGGACAGAUACGUAGCCAUUUGCCAUCCUUUGAGAUAUGCCACUAUCAUGACUUCGGGGGUUUGCCUUAAGCUGGCAAUAGCAGCCUGGUUUGGAGGAUUUAUCUCCAUAAUUUGUCAAGUAGUGAUGAUUGCAAACUUGCCCUACUGUACUUCCAACAUUAUCAAUCAUUUCUUUUGUGAUGUUGGACCUGUGUUGAAGAUUGCAGCAGGAGAUACACGUAUUAUUGAAACCCUUGGUUUCCUUGUUUCUGUGGUUGUGAUUAUGUCCUCCUUGCUUUUCACCCUCAUUUCUUACCUCUUCAUCAUCUUCACCAUUUUUCGAAUGUCUUCAACCUCCCGACAGCAGAGGGCUUUCUCUACGUGUGCUUCCCAUCUGAUUGUGGUUUUUAUUUUGUAUGGGUCAGUCUUUUUCGUCUACCUAAGGCCAACAGUCAAGAACUCUUCCUUCGGGGUAAUGAAGGUUGUCUCCAUUGUGUACACUAUGAUCACCCCAGUGCUCAAUCCUUUCAUCUACACCAUUAGGAACAAUGAAGUGAAAGAUUCUGUACGCAGAAUGAUUGGAAGAAAGAUGCUAGCUCUCCCCUGUGUUAAAAGGAAUGGGAAUUGA